AUGAGGCCCCGGUUGCAAACCCUCACUUAUGUGAUUUUGGGAUUCUGUGUGUUUGGGAAAAUAAACUGUGGGAAUAUCUUGGUAUGGUACACAGAGGCCAGUCACUGGAUAAAUCUCAAACCUGUGCUGGAGACGCUGACAGACCGCGGACACAGCGUCACCGUUCUGCUCCCUAAUGCCACACUCUUCAUGGACGCAACGGAGAAGAGUCGCUAUAGUUACGAGAUGUUUAAUGUUUCGCUGUCCUUGGAUGAAGUAAGUGACUGGAUGGACAAGAUACUGCACUUCACGAUGUAUGAGAUGGACAAACUUAACCUGUUAGAACUUUACAUCAAGUCUUACCAAAUGAUAGGGAAAGACAUGGACUUUUGCCUUGCUUACUGUGACGGGCUGCUGAAAACGGAAUCAGUUAUGGACAAACUACGAAGAGGGAGAUAUGAUGUGCUGCUUGCAGAUCCCAUUUAUUCCUGUAGUGAACUGGUGGCUGAGACACUAGAUAUUCCCAUAGUUUAUACUCUCCGAUUUUCUAUCGCUCAUACGAUGGAGAGACUUUGCGGACAGACCCCGGCUCCACCUUCUUACGUACCUGGUGCCAUGAGCAAAUUUACUGACAAGAUGACUUUUUCUGAGAGAAUAUGGAGUUUUCUCUUUCUUGUGUCCCAAGAUGCCAUGGCCUUGAGUCUGUGGAAGAAGUAUGACAGGUAUUACAGUGACUAUUUAGGUCGACCCACGACGUUUUGUGAGAUGAUGGGAAAGGCUGAUAUCUGGCUGAUCCGAACCUACUGGGACUUUGAGUAUCCCCGUCCGCUCCUGCCUAACUUUAAAUAUGUCGGUGGUAUUCACUGCAGACCUGCUAAACCAUUACCAAAGGACAUAGAGGAGUUUGUGGAGAGCUCAGGACAUGAUGGCGUUGUGGUUUUCUCUCUGGGCUCCAUGAUCGGGAACAUGACCAAAGAAAGAGCAAACACGAUCGCUUCUGCUUUGGGUCAGAUACCACAGAAGGUUCUGUGGAGGUACAGUGGUGAGAAGCCAGAGACUCUGGCUCCAAACACCAGACUAUACGACUGGAUCCCCCAGAACGAUCUACUGGGUCAUCCAAAGACCAAAGCCUUUAUCACUCAUGGUGGGACCAAUGGAAUCUAUGAGGCCAUAUACCAUGGAGUUCCUAUGGUGGGAAUCCCCAUGUUUCUUGACCAGCCAGACAACAUGGUCCAUAUGAAGUCUAAAGGAGCUGCAGUCAUCAUGGACUUUAACAGCAUGGAGACCAAAGACCUGGUGGACGGGCUCAAAGCUGUAAUCAAUGACCCAUCGUAUAAGGAGAAUGCCAUGAGGUUGUCCAGAAUCCACCACGACAGACCAGUACACCCACGGGAUGAGGCCGUGUUCUGGAUUGAAUUUGUGAUGCGCCACAAGGGGGCCAAGCACCUGAGGGUGCAGGCCCAUAACCUGACCUGGUAUCAGUACCACAGUCUGGAUGUGUUUGCUUUCCUAUUGGCCAUAAUUGCACUAGUUCUCUUCAUAUUCUAUAAAAUACUGAAGUCCUGUGUUGUGAGGUGCUGUUUUAGAUCCAGAUCUAAGAAAAAGACAGAGUAA